AUGUACAACACUUUGACCCGUGGCCAAAAUGUUUUUGGCUUUUUUACCACGGUAGCCUUUGUCGUGGCUGCCCUCAUCGCGGCCACAGACCUCGUCACCCCACGCGCUCCCUCCGUCGGCGAGAUCAAGACCACCAACGUCCAGGUCAUUAAAGGACGCCCUCAUUACUACUCCACCAAGAAGGAGGAGUAUGCCAUCAUCAAGUUCUCACUCGACGCCGACCUCUCCGACCUCUUCACCUGGAACACCAAGCAAGUCUUCGUCUACGUGACCGCCGAAUGGCCGGAUAACUCGAAGAAGAAUACCGUUCCCGGUGUAAACGCCACGAACCAAGCCGUUAUCUGGGACCAGAUCAUUACUUCUCCAAGCGCCGACCAUCUCUCCAACAUUGGCCCUGCCGCUCUGCGCAAACUUAAGAAGAGCGCAGAGGGCAAGAGUAUCGACCCCAACCGUGGUAAGCUUAAGAUCAAGAACCAGAAGCCCAAGUACCAGAUCACCCACCCCUCGGGUAAGAUCGCCGAAUCCGACAAGGUUGUCCUGAAGUUGCACUACAACGUUCAGCCCUGGGUUGGCAUCUUGACAUGGAACCAAAACCGUGACCUUGGAUACUGGAAAGCGCUAAAGGGCGGUGUUAGCAAAGCUUUCAAGCUUCCCGCCCUGAAGGUCAAGGAGAAGAAGCCAUGA